AUGAUAUCUUUUCGAUAUUUUCCUCGUCCCUCUUUUCCAUUGUUGUUCUGCUCCACUUCUUCCUUCCUCUCUAUACCUAACCCUCCUCUAUCCCUCUACAAAAGGAUACGAAUAAAACGAAAGAUGCCUACCAAAGGACACAGAUACGCCGCCAAAGUCGAAUUGGACAAGGACGCGGGUACUUUGYCUUAUUUACAUAAUCGAUGGCAUCCGGAUAUCCCUGCCAUUGGAAAGAUUGUCCCGGGCGAGACGGUCAAGAUUGAAUGUGUGGAUUGGACGGGGGGACAGAUUGGUAAUAAUGAUAGUGCGAAUGAUAUGAGAGAUGUCGACCUCACUCGCAUUCAUUACCUGACUGGGCCCUUUGAAAUCGAGACUGCAGAGCCAGGUGAUAUUCUGGUUGUGGAGAUUCAAGAUGUGCAGCCAUUGGAAGAGCAGCCAUGGGGAUUCACCGGCAUUUUUGCCAAGAAGAACGGCGGUGGCUUCCUCGAUGAAAUCUACCCCGAACCAGCAAAAGCCAUAUGGGAUUUCGACGGCAUCUUCUGCAGUUCCCGCCACAUCCCCGGCGUACGCUUCGCCGGCCUAAUCCACCCAGGAAUCCUCGGCUGCGCUCCCAGCCAAGAAAUCCUCGAAACCUGGAAUGAGCGCGAAGGCGCCCUGAUUUCCGCCUGUAGCCACAUGGACCGCGACGUCGCCAAACCCCCCGAACCCAUCAACGUGCACGCCGGAACAGGCGACGCGAGUAUCAAAGAGAAAGUCGGCCGUGAAGGCGCUCGAACGAUCCCUGGACGUCCUGAACAUGGAGGGAAUUGCGACAUCAAAAAUCUCUCGCGAGGAAGUAAAGUUUACUUGCCGGUGCAUGUCUCCGGGGCGAAAUUCUCGGUGGGGGAUUUACAUUUCUCACAGGGAGAUGGGGAGAUUUCGUUUUGUGGAGCGAUUGAAAUGGCUGGGGUCAUUACGGUCAAGUUCUCGGUGAUGAAGAAUGGGAUGGCGGAGUUGGGCACCAAGAGUCCGAUUUAUAUUCCUGGGCCUGUGGAGCCGCAGUUUGGAGCCGGGAGGUAUAUUUACUUUGAAGGGUUCAGUGUGGAUGAGCACGGAAAGCAACAUUACCUGGAUGCUACUGUGGCGUAUCGACAGACGUGUCUGCGAGUCAUUGAGUAUUUGCGACGGUAUGGUUACUCGGAUUAUCAGAUCUAUCUGCUCUUGUCCUGUGCUCCGGUUCAGGGGCAUAUUGCUGGGAUUGUCGAUAUCCCUAAUGCGUGCACAACGCUUGGUGUCCCGAUUGAUAUCUUUGACUUUGAUAUUUCUCCCGGAGCUCCCAUUCAGAAGCGCGAUAUGGGCACGUGUGCGUAUGCCAGUUGA